AUGCCGGGAUUGGAGUCGGGAGAGGUGGAGGAGGAGGAGGAGGAAGGGGCCGGCUCAGGUGUGGCAUUAGGACCCAGCGGAGCCCCCAUGUUGGAGUUUUGGAAGCAGAGAGGAGAGAACAAGGCGGUGGGCAAGGGCAGAACCGGCACUAACACCCAGAGCGGACUCCUCCGGCUGCAUCCCGGCCCGCGCUGCUCCUCCAUCGCUGCCGUCAGGAUGAGAGCGGUGGGGCUCUUCUUGCUGUGUCUGCCAGCGCUCCUGGUCCAGGGACAGUACAGCAGGUUUGAAGGCAUCACCUACCCCGAGCCGGUACAAUAUUCCCAGUACGACCAGCAAUCAGAAAUUCAGGAUUACUACGAUUAUCACGAUGUGACCCCCCGUGCCCCCGAGGAGCAGUUUCGGUACCAGUCCCAGCAGCAAUCCCAGCACGAAAUCGUGCCGGCUCCGACCCCAGCCGCUGCCCCCGAGACCGAGCCCACGGAGCCAGGACCCCUUGACUGCCGGGAGGAGCAGUACCCCUGCACCAGGCUCUACUCCGUGCACAAGCCCUGCAAGCAGUGCCUGAACGAGAUCUGCUUCUACAGCCUCCGCCGGGUUUACGUGAUCAACAAGGAGAUCUGCGUCCGCACCGUGUGCGCCCACGAAGAGCUGCUGAGAGCCGAUCUCUGCCGUGACAAGUUUUCCAAGUGCGGGGUGAUGGCCACCAGCGGGCUCUGCCAAACCGUGGUCGCAUCCUGCGCCCGCAGCUGUGGAGGAUGCUGAGCCCCGGGGGGGGACAACAACCGCCCCCUCCCCCCCGCCCAACUCUUCCCCCCCACCUUCCCCUGCGCCGGCCGCAUCCCGGCAUCCCGACCCCUUCCCAUCCUCCUCUUCCCGGGCUCCCCGUCCCGCUCCGGAUCUUCACCGUGGUGCUAAAGAAACUGUGCAUGAAAGAGCAUAAAAACCAAAAAAGUCCUUUUUUUUUUUUUUUUUUUCCCCCU